AUGGGCAGGAGAGAGGCCGUCGCUGAGAGGAAAGGGGGAGAGAGAAACACGGUGGCGACAUCUGCCCACACGACUGGUUCAAUUCCCGAAAAAUGCUUCGAUGUCAGCAGAUGCUCGUUCGAUGCGUAUGUGUGGACCGCGUGGGGAGAAUGGGGUUUGUGUCAGCCGCCCUGUGGACCAGACAGCAGACGGACCCGCAGACGGACCUGCCUGCCAGUCUACGAAGAUGAGAUCGAUGAGAGCGUGACCAUCACGGGAUCACCACGUCUGAAAUGUGUGGAGCUGGAGGGGCGGAGAGAUGUGGUGACGGAGAAUCGAACCUGUCUCAACGUGCCCACCUGUUUGGCCGUGGAUUUCUGUGAUUCUCCCCCUGGCCUCGACAUGGACAAUGGCUCGAGAGGGACAGUCCAGAACCCCCCCACCCCCCGACAUUAAACGCAGACACCGUGUCCAUCUACUGUUGUACGAGGUGAAUUAUUCUCAC